AUGGGUUUAAUUACUCGAAAAAUAUUAUCCUUGGUAAAAACUAUUGAAAAAAUUUUCGCAAUUUCUAAGAUCAAUUUUUUUUUGCUAUUCGUUCCUGUAGGAUACAUAGUGCACUUUUAUACAAAUAAUGACACAUUAGUUUUUGUGACAAACUUUUUGGCAAUUGUACCAGCGAAAAGGUUACUUGAAAUUGCAGCUAAAGGACUUCCAUAUUACCACAAAUUUCAUCAUUCAGGUCUGUUGAUAUAUACGUUUGCCAAUGUAAUUGAAUUCAUAGUAGCUAUAAUAGCAUUGAUGAAAGGUGAAAUUCGGAUUGUUCAAGCAUCAAUGCUAGGCAUUAUAUUCUAUAAUAUCCUAUUUGUAUUAGGAUCAUGUUUUCUAUUUGGCGGGGUUACUACUUUUAUAAAAAGUGAAGGUCGGCAGAUUGAACAAAAGUUUAGUCCGACCGCUUCACAAAUGAGUUCUAGUUUGAUGACUUUGGCAUGCAUUACUUUAAUUUUACCCACCGCACUCUACAGUCUUAUCAAUAGAACUUUUCAUUUUUCCCAUGAAACUAAUACUAUCAAUGUUGAUGAUAAAAUUUUACAUAUAAGUUAUGGAAUGUCGUUAGCAUUGCUGGCCGUAUAUGCACUUUAUUUAUGCUUUCAGUUAAAAACCCAUAAAAGCUUGUUUGCAAAUGUAGAAGAUAGCGAACAUGAAAAUAAGGGUAAACGCGAAGCCAAAUCUGAAGACUUAGAAAGCGGAGAACAAGGACAUGAAAACACAGUAAACAGAGAACAAGGACAUGAAAACAAAGAAAGCGGAGAACAAAUAGAUGAAACUGAAGAAGAAAAAGAAAUACACAUAGGCCCAAAGAUGUCAUUUAUUUUGCUAAUUUCAACUAUGGUGAUGAUCUAUUUUUCAGCAGAAUUUCUCGUAGGAUCAAUUGAAGGAAUUGUUAAAUCCUUGGAGAUAAGCGAAACCUUUAUUGGAUUGAUUUUAAUACCUAUACUUGGUAAUUUUGCAGAGCAUAUACACUCUACUACCAUUGCAAUGAAAGAUAACAUGACUCUAGCUAUUGGUAUUACUGUUGGGUGUUCAACUCAAGUCGCGUUAUUUAUUACCCCAAUAUUGGUGAUUUUGGGAUGGAUUAUUGGACAACCAAUGUCUCUACUUUUUUCACCUUUUGAAGCUAUUUGUUUGUUUAUUGCAGUUUUACUCAAAAAUCAAUUAAUCCAGCUUCUUAUAAUGCAUUCUAAACAUAUUAAGUUUAAACUUUUUUCAAAUUAA